UUCUCUUAGGAGAAGACAGUCGGCCAUUUUAAGUUUAUCAGUCGUCAUUUCACAUCGCUACUGUAGGACGGAGAACGUCAGGACUCAAUUUCAUCAUAUUUCUCUUACAACUGUGGUGGAGAAUUGCCUACUAUGAACUGAAACUCUUCCUAAAAUCAAAAACAAGUAGAUCCCAGUGUCGAGUUGUAAUUUUUUGCACCUCAAUGUAGCUAGAGGAAAUGGCUGUGGAAAGCAUGACUGUCCAUCCAAACUCCCCAACUACCAACCACGAACACAACAGUCUCCUGACUGACGAAAGGCCAGAGGAUGGAGAGCUGGAGGAGGGUGAGCUGGAAGAUGAUGGGGGAGAUGUGGAGGAGGUGGAGAUUGGUGGAGGUACGUCUGCAGCAGCAGCAGCAGGAACAGGAGGAGGAGGAGGAGGAGGUGGUGGCGUAGACGGCGGUGAUGAAGCAGGCGGAGGAGGUGAGGCGGGAGGAGAAGAGGCUGGGGAGAGGCCUCGGCGAAGUAAGGAGCGCCACGCCAGCAGCAAUUCGGACGAUGAGCGAUCCCACCGUCGCAAGAGGAAGAGGAAGAAGGAGAGAGAGCGAGAAAGGGAGAAGAGGAGGGCCAAGAAAAAACGCAAAUCCAAACACAAACGUCAUGCAUCCUCUGAUGACGACCACUCAGACUUCAGUGACGACUCUGACUACAGUCCCAGUGAGAAGAGGAAGUACAGAGAGUACAGUCCACAGUACCCCCCUCCUCCUCAUGGGGGCUACGGCGGCUCAAAGAAGGGCCCCUACAUGAAGAUGGAAAAGCAGAGCUACGGGGGCUACGAUGACUUUGAAGAGGACAACUUUGAGGGAGAGGAAGAGGAGGACAUUGGGGAUGAGGACUAUGACGACUUCACCAAGGAGCUCAACCAGUACCGCAAGGCCAAGGAGGGAGGAGGCGGCCGCGGGCGAGGUGGGUCCACGGCAGCCGGGUUAAAGCUGUCGAAGUUGAAAAAUAGACUCGGUAUGAGGAGGAGGGGAAGAGGAGGAAGCAGAGGAAGAGGAGGUCGAGGAGGAGUUGGAGUUGGUGGUGGAGGAGGAGGAGGAGGAGGAGGAAAGAUGGGAGGAGACAACGACGAUGGAGAGGGCUAUGGAGAAGACAUGGAGUAUGGAGAUGAUGACUACGACAACAUGGGGGGUGGUGGUGGUGGUGGUGGUGGUGGUGGUGAUGAUGACUACGAUGACUACUCGAAAGAACUUAAUCAGUACAAAAAGUCCAGAGGCAGAGGAGGUAAAGGUGGCCGCGGACGAGGGAGGGGUAAAGGAGGGCGGGGUAUGCUCAGAGGAGGAAGGGGUCGAAACCGCGGGAGAGGAAGAGGUGACAUGGGGAAUGAGGACGACAACAACGGGGACAUGGACAACGGGGACGGAGGUGUGGGAGGUGAUGGACCUGGACCAGGACCAGGGAGGAGAAAUCACAAUGAGAAGCACCAGGAUAAGAAAGGAAAGGCCAUCUGCAAGUACUACAUCGAGGGACGAUGCACCUGGGGGGACCACUGCAACUUCAGCCAUGACAUCGAGCUGCCCAAGAAGAAGGAGCUGUGCAAGUUCUACAUCACUGGAUUCUGUGCCCGAGCCGACCACUGUCCUUACAUGCAUGGUGAAUUCCCCUGUAAGCUGUUCCACACCACAGGGAACUGUGUCAACGGCGACGAAUGCAUGUUCUCCCAUGAUGCCCUCAACGAUGACACCCAGGACCUGCUCAACAAGAUGCUGGAAGAGGAUGCGGAGGCCGGAGCGGAGGAUGAGAAGGAGGUGGAGGAGCUGAAGAAGCAGGGGAUCAACCCUCUCCCCAAACCCCCUCCUGGAGUUGGCCUCCUCCCCACGCCUCCUCGGCCUGUUCCUCUAGAAACCAACACAGGUUCUGGGGAUUUUGGCGGGCCUGCGCCGGGUGACUUUGGGGGGCUUUCUGCGCCUAACCAGGGGCCCAUUUCUAACAAAGGUCCCCCAGGACCAGGACCUAUUCCUGGGCCUAACCCCUGUGCUGGUCCCCCUCUCCAUGGCCCUGAUGGAAGUCCCUUCCAAGGCGGGCCCCCAAAUCCCAGUGGCCCUCCUCCCCACAUGGGCCCCCCACCUCCUUGUGGUGGAGGGGGAGGUGGCAUGGGGAAGAAGAUCCCCUCACUGUUUGAGAUUAAAGUUCAGCCAACGGGACAGCUGGCUCAUAAACUGGCUGUCAGAGGCCAGACUCCCAGUGGCAACCAGGGUCAGACUGCAGCACCUGGACCCCAAGGGGCCCCUGGUGCCCCUCCCCCUUGCUUCCCUGCUCCCCCAGGCAUGAUGCCCCCUGACAUGCAGAACAUGGGACCCAACCUUGGGAUGAACCAGGGGCCCCCCAACAUGGGCCCCGGCGGACCGCCCAUGAUGGGAGGAUUUGCGUCUGGUGACGGUCCUCCACAUGGAGGUGCUAUGCCUCCAGGUCCUCCUCCGGGCGGAGGAAACUUCUUCAAUAACUUCUUCAAUCAGCAGGACAGUAUGCAGAUGGAGGGAGUGGUGCAAGAAGGUGACAACUACCAGGGUUUCGCCGGUAUGGACGAGAGAGGAGGAGCGGGGAACGUUGGUCAUCAGUCGGGUGGCAGUCAAGACAGCUCUGCUAAUGGAUCGUCAGCCAAUCAAGGAGGGAUUUCUGUGCCGGACUUCCUGCCUCCAGCGCAGCGCGUCCUGUUCAUGAGGAUCCAACAGAAGCAGCAGGAAGAAGAGGAAAGAGCUCGCAGGAUGGCCGAGGGAGGAGCAGAGAAGAGUAGAGACACGGAAGGUGACUCAGGGAACUGGUACUCCAGUGAGGAUGAGGAUGGCGGAGGUAGCGUGACCUCCAUCUUGAAGACGCUCCGUCAGCAGACCAAGGCUCCUCAAAAAUCUGACACCCCCCCGAGCGACCCUCGCCUCCAGAAGGCCCCCCCUGCCGGCGCUCCGGCUCGGCCAGCAGACCCCCGCUUGGCUCGGGACCCACGCCUGGCACGUGCUGCGGAUCCGGCCGACUCCGCCCACUCAAUGCCCGCUCUGUCUUCCUCUGGGCCGCCUGCGGACCCCAGGUUAGCCCGCCUAACUACUGCUGGUUCCGCGGGAUCCACCUCCCACUCGCAUCCUGCUCCUAAACCAGAGCCUCCCCUCGUCUACAAGCCCCCGCCGCUUACAACCCCGGCAGUGGAGGAGGAGGAGACGGAGCGGGUGCUACGGGACAAGCCGGUGCCGAUUCCUCUGGACCCGCUCAUGGGUAUGGCUCUGAGAGACCCACGCUCACAGCUGCAGCAGUUCAGCCACAUCAAGAAGGAUAUCGUUCUCCACAUGCCGGCCUUCGCCAAAGCCAUCGCCUGGUCUCCUGAGGACCUUCUUCCUCUCCCCAUACCCAAGCAGGACCUUCUUCCUCUCCCACCAGGCAUCCCUCCUGUCUCCUCCGUAGACCCACGUCUGUCCCGCACUCAGCCGCCGCUCCAAACGUCGCUCCCUCACUCACAGCCGCCUCCUGUCCAGCCUCCUCCCUCCUCCUUGGAACCCCCUGCUCCUUCUUCCUCCACCUCCUCCCUCCCAGACUUUGAACUCCUUUCUCGUAUCCUGAAGACUGUCAACUCCAGCCCGUCCCAGACUCCCUCCCCUCCUCUCUUAACCGCCCCUAUUGCCCCCAUGUCGCUGCUGGGUCCACCUCCCCCCAUGCCUAUGCCCCCCCCACCGGCAGAAAAGCCCGUUGACCCCCGUAUGUCCCGUAAAGUCCUCUCAGACCCACGUCUCCAGCCCCAGAAGUCAGCACUUAAGCAGCCAUCCGACGCUGUGCCUCCUCCUGUCUCCUCUACCUCUCCAGCAACAACAUCUAGCUCCUCUCCCCCUACCAUUGCCCCCUAUGACCCCAGGCUGCUCUCCUCAGGUGGGGCAGGCCGCGGUGUGGGCGCCGGGGCACCAGGGGGAGCCAGCGUGCUGAGCAACAUCAGUCUGUAUGACCCGCGGACUAACAAACCAGGCAGCCCUGGUACCAGCAGCGGCUCUAACAACUCCCCCAGCUCAGCCAGCACAGAGUCCAAACCCAGUGACCCCCCAGCAAGUAAACCGAAGUCCAAGGAGCCCCUGUUUGUUCGGAAGUCUGCGUUGGACCAACCAGAGCCGGAAAAAAGUGCAGAGCAAGGAACCGAUCGAUACAACAGCUAUAACAGGCCCCGGCCUAAGCCUGCACCGUCGCCCAACUCCGCGGCCCAGGGAGGGCCCGCUGCAGCAGCCGCCGCCGGCGCAGGCCAGGGGGCUCCUGGAGCUGCUGGCGAUCAGGGGCCCGCAGGUGUCCACAACCUACCAGUGUCCUCUUUAUUUGGUGUGGUGAAGCAGGCGGCCAAGCCAGGCGGGACGGGCAGCCCCUUUGGAGGCAACAGUCCGGUGCAGUCUGACCAGGCGACCACGGAGCAGGACAACGCCUCGCUGAAGGACGUUUUCAAAGGCUUUGACCCCACAGCCUCGCCCUUCUGCCAGUGACCCCCACCCCCCACCACCCCCGACCAUUGAACCCUAAAGCCCAUCAUGUGGUCGGCCGAUGGCUCGUUUUAACAUUUUUGGACACUGAACAGAUCAGUGAAAAGGAGAAAGAAAAGCGCACUGAGGCAACUGCCUGUAAGACUGGUUGACAGACUUUUGUGAACAAACUGAUGUCACACGAUAUGUUACACACACACACACACACACACACACACACACACACACACACACACACUCUUUACCACAGUGUUGCAGAUUCAGAUUAUAUAAAAGACUCUUGGGUUAUGGGAAGGGUUUAAAGUUAAAUCUCUAAAGCUCUAUUUUAAACAAACAUAUUGAUGAAUAAAUAAAUGUAUUCUCUUCUUCUCAAUGCUUAAAGAAAACAGUUAUUCAGACAGCAGCAAAAACACAUUUAUAUGAAAUGAACGUUUUAGCUUUUUUUCAAAUUCAUUUCAGUUCCUUAAUUUUCUCCUCACCUUUAAACUGGUUGAUGUGCUUGUCUGUAUUUUUGGGCUGUCAGAGUUGACAAUGCUCUUGGGAACAGAUGAAAGGCCAGGAAUUUUUCCCAACAAAAUAUUGCUUAUUUGUGGUGUUUUGUGAUUAAAAGAACGGCACUGACUGAACGGCAACUCCUUUAACACUGUUGCCCAUCUGAAACAAAUGACCCUCUGCCUUUAUAUCUCUUUAACCCCUGUCCAAAAGUUUUGUCAAACUAUAGCAUACAUAUUUUCAUUACAACUCACCAUGUCACAUUUGCUGCUUUAACAGUUGCAAAUACCUAAACUUAAAUUUAUAUUCUGCGUUCUUUUUGUAUUUAUUUUUCUACUUUGCACUGUCAGUUUGUGUCCUCCGAGGGCUGUAUUCAUGUUUUUAACGACUGUAGCUCCUACAGCUGUUCAUAUACGGUUUUAUUUCAGGUAUUUAGCUCUUACCCAAAACGGGUAACUGCCGGUACAGGAAGUGACUUGUUGUCUUUCAGUACGGCCUCUCUAACCACUACGCCACUGUUGUUAAAUUUUUUUUUUCUUCGGCAGUCCUUUUGCUACAGGGAGAAAAGGCUUUCAUGUGAAAAUUUUGUUUAAUCUUUCUGUAAAAAAAUGGAGAGUUCAUAACUGACAGCUUCUGUAGCUUUAAGGUAGAAAAGAUGGAAAAUAACCCCACGUCCCUUUACAGUGACAGAUUUUUAGCUUUAUACCAUAGCAUCCGUAGAGGACAUUAAACAGGUUAGUGUUUUUUUUCCCUGCUGAAAGGGUUGCCUUAAAGGUGCAACCUGUAAUUAGUCAGCCCCGGUUGGUUAAUAAGAAUAGGACACUUUGAUUCACUGAUUCAGAAUUCACCAUCUAGCCUUUAGUUUUUUUUUAUUAGUUUUUAUUUUGAUUUUAUUAACUAAUUUGUUAAGAAUGGUUAAAAAAAAAAAAAAAAAAAAAAACAGCACAGGACUGCAGAUUUCUGAGAGUGGCUGGUGGAACAGAAUCAUUUGCAGCCUCACAGCAUCAAUUUAUAAGCGUUUGGCUUUAGUGGCUGCUGACAGUGUGACAAUCCUAAACUAGACUUGGACCUACAAAUCAAUUAAUGCAUGAAUCUCGCGUUGACCUGCGCAGGUGCUCCCUCUACGGUCAGUCUGAGCGCUGCAUAAAGAAAACCUUUUCAUUCAAAUGUCAGAUCUUAACAUUACCUGUGUUUCAAAACCAAUAUUCAACACAGGCUUUUUCUUGCAGCUAAAGAAGGGCACACGAUGAGUCUUUACAUCUUUUCUCCAGAACUUCUCUUCAUAGUUUCUACCCCUUUACCAUGAAUAGUUGAAUUCAGAAAUCAAGUGCAGCGUCUGAAUCAGUCUGAGGAUAAGCGGUUAUUCCCGUUUUGCCCGAUUUAAUUGCCAGGCUUGUUUUGAAAAUCUUUAAACGUGGGGUCACUGUCACUGAGGAGCUUCCUAGAAGUUCCAGACUUCCAGAAGGUGUCAGGAUUGCCGUCGACCGUCUUGUGUAUAAAUGUUGAUCAUUUUAAUUUAUUUUUUUAUACUUGGGUAAAUAUACUAUCUCAUUUCACAUUUUUGAACAGAAUCAUUUUAUAUUUCAGAAAUAUGCGAUUGCCACUCACAUCAGUGGGACGUAGGCAGCCUGUGACAGUGUGAAGAGAGGAGAAAGACAUAUUUUUUUUAUUUGGUUUUGUGUGUAGAGAUUCAAAGUAACAAAAGAUUCACUAUUGCCCCCUCCUGUCAGGCCAUGAAAAAGCCUGUUAGUAGGCGGAGUGUCAGCAAUGGCAAGCGUGAAAUUGUUGAUUUGUUCUUUCCUCAUGGCUUUGUUGUUUGUUUUCACUUUUUUUUUUCUUCCUAUGUAAAUUUGACCAUUAUCCUGUCUUUGGAGGAAUGGAGUUUUCUAACUGUACACUGUAGGUUGUUAAAGUAUUUAAAUAAAGUUGAUAAAUGAUCAACCAGUUAAAUCUAA